ACGAGGACCGAUUUUUCGAUGGUCUGUCAGUUUUCCAGCAAAAAAAAGACCGAUUUGCAACAUUUACCACUUGCGGUCCGAUGUUAGGAGUGCUCCGAUCGAGGCGGUGGGGUCAAUUUGUUUCGGUGUUUCGGUUCAUUCCAACCACCGGUCGCGUUUGCUAAAGCAUCCCGUUUUGUUGAAUCGCUUACCACGUAGCACCAGCCAUCAGCCUCAUCUGCCUUCAUCGUCACCACCAUGGGAAUCCUCGAAAAGAUAUCCGACAUCGAAAAGGAAAUUGCAAAGACUCAGAAAAAUAAAGCAACCGAGUACCAUCUGGGAUUGCUGAAGGCGAAACUAGCCAAGUACCGGUCGCAGCUGCUGGAACCGUCGAAGAAGGGCGAAAAGGGUGAAGGGUUCGAUGUGCUCAAGUCCGGAGAUGCCCGUAUCGCGCUGAUCGGGUUUCCGUCGGUCGGUAAAUCCACCCUGCUCUCGACGCUCACCAAGACCGAGAGUGAGGCCGCCAACUAUGAGUUCACGACGCUCACCUGCAUUCCGGGUGUGAUCGAGUACAAGGGUGCCAACAUACAGCUGCUCGAUCUGCCCGGUAUCAUCGAGGGUGCCGCACAGGGCAAGGGUCGCGGUCGGCAGGUGAUUGCGGUGGCCCGCACGGCCGACCUGGUGCUGAUGAUGCUGGACGCCACCAAACCGAACGUGCACCGGGACCUGCUCGAGUACGAGCUGGAGUCGGUCGGGCUGCGGCUGAACAAGCGCAAGCCAAACAUCUACUUCAAGAUCAAGAAGGGCGGUGGCGUCAGCUUCAACGCCACCUGUCCACUGACGCGCUGCAACGAGAAGAUGGUCCAGACGAUUCUGCACUCGUUCAAGAUCUUCAACGCGGAGGUACUGUUCCGGGAGGACUGCACCGAGGACGAGUUCAUCGACGUCGUGUCCGGCAACAGGAUCUACCUACCGUGCAUCUACGUGUACAACAAGAUCGAUCAAAUCUCGAUCGAGGAGGUGGACCGGCUGGCUCGACAGCCGUUUUCGGUCGUCGUCAGCUGCAACAUGCACCUAAACCUGGACUAUCUGCUGGAGGUGCUCUGGGAGCACCUACAGCUGAUUCGCGUGUACACCAAGAAACCCGGUGCGCCACCAGACUUUGACGAUGGACUCAUUCUUCGCCGGGGUGUCUCCGUGGAACACGUGUGCCACGCAAUUCAUCGAACGCUAGCGCCCCAGUUCAAGUACGGGCUGGUUUGGGGUACCUCGACCAAGUACUCGCCCCAGCGGGUCGGCAUUUCGCACGUGAUGCAAGACGAGGAUGUUAUUCAGAUUGUUAAAAAGUAACCGCUACAGCCCGCCGCCGGCCUAAUCUCUGGAUUUGGUUUGUGAAAUAAUCUUCCAGAACAGUGGGGUGUGUACGGUUACGACGGAUGUGCAACGGCUUCGCUGCCGUUUGCUCCCCUCCCCCAACGCCCCAUCCCGUGUACUGAUAUAUUUUCUCUUUACUCUCCGUCAAGUUCGAACAUAAACGUUGAAUAAAAACAGCCUAAACUAUGAGAACAAAAAUUGAAUAAAACUGAAUAAUGCUGGGCAAAGGAUAAACGUUG